UAUUAUUUUUAUGUACAAACCUCUCGCAUCCUCUUUCACGUCAAAGAAACACAUGGGAAAACACGAUGGUAACGUUUAUUCAACCGCAAGAGAAGAGAUUCCCAGAAAGAGAACUACCCCUAAUGAGAUUCGUAGGCAAAAAGGAACCGUACUGGAAAGAUGGGAUGGAAUAGAUGGAUAUUUGAUCCAAAAACUUUUGGAGGAUCCUCGUUUUCCCACGAUGCCAACAUAUCUCUCUUAUUCACCGAUAUUCAGAGAGCCGGUCAACUGGGGGGACAAUUAUGGGUCUCGGAUCAGAUGUUACUUUGUCCCAAAGAAGAGCGGGCCACACGUGUUCUUCAUAGAGAGUGAUAACGAAGGCCAUCUGUUCCUCAGUGUGAAUGAUAACCCGGAUGAAAAGAUAUUGAUAGCUCGAGUUGGUAAAGACCACGAAUCUCUUCCCAUGCAAUUCAGAAAAUAUCCUGAGCAAGAAUCCUAUCCAAUAAACAUGAAAAACGGCUCAUACUACUACAUUGAAGCCCUCCAUAAAGAACAAUACGGAAACGACUCCUUAGCAGUGGCCGUAAGAACACCUGAUUCUAAAUUUCAUGCACCAAUACCUUCAGAUUAUUUGUGGACACUGCCGCCUCCUAAGCCACACGUCAACCAGAGCGCCUCCUCGUUCUACCUCGUGAGUAUCGCAGCUAAAGCGGGAGCCAGAGCAGGUGCCACCCUUGGAGUGAAUGAAGCCCAGAAGAGUGGAGCAAAGGCAGGUGCUUUAGCCGGUGCUGAAGCAGGCACAAGGGCCGGAGCCGAAGCAGGAGCAGAGGCAGCACGAGAAGCAGCAACUGAAGUAGCCACGAAAACACUGAAGGAGGCCCUUGCCAAACUGGGCUCAUUUCAAAAACAAACGUUUAACAUUUACACAGCAAACGGAAGCGUGAUACCGAUGCAGCCGGGAUCUACGUCUCAGCCAAGACCAACAACAGCCACCACAGGGUCAAUUGGAGCGGAAGGUCAAACUAGUCAAAUAAGCCAAACAGGCCAAACAGGUCAAACAGGUCAAACAGGUCAAACAGGUCAAACAGGUCAAACAGGUCAAACAGGUCAAACAGGUCAGAUAAGUCAAACAGGUGAAACCGGAGCAUCAAUCAAUGGUACUAUAACAGCGGGAACGCAAGGGGUUGCAGAAGCUGCUGCAGCCGGUCACCCAGGAAUAUAUCAUGGUGCAUUUGUGUACAAUCGAGAAGUGCCAUACUACAUCCCCCCUCCAAGCUACAAUUCUCAUAUCAUUGCAAGAAAUAAAGAGUUUCUAGAUCCACGAGGACUUUCCAGAGUUCUCGUCAACGGAGCGCUGUAUGUAAUUCAUUCUUUCGAUGUUCCUGCGAGUCAGAAUCCUAACUACAAUCUUUGCUGGCGAAUCACUAAUGGAAGGUUAGAGCUGACUCAGAACUGCCAGGCAUUUUCCAUCAAGAUUCCAGGGUUCGACAAAGGGACCGGAGACCAUCAAACGAUUUCCUUUGAGUCUAUGUGUUCACCUGGUCAUUAUAUUCGACAGAAGAACUACAGAUUCGUUUUGGGACACAAAGGAGAGACCAAAUUUGAUUAUGACGCAAGCGCAGCCUUCUUUCAAGUGUUUUCACUUCCUGGUGCAUUCCAGUUUAGCCUUAUGCGAAAAGGAUGGUACAUUUGCAGAAGCAUAAAUAGAAACUAUCAUCGAACGGAGGUGGUUACAGACUACAACAUGGCGUCGUCUGAAUGGCUAAGGCGGUGUUCAUUUGCUUUAAGGCCUCUGGCGGCAAACGAAAAUCCUCUGAUGAACUGCUAUGAUGCGAUUGUACCCACCAAACCUCCUGGUGUUAGUUCUAUGAACACAAAACCACCAAUCUUUAACAAAACAACAACUGGAACCACCCGUCCUACAAGUGUCCCAACUACACCACACAAGGACGACGGUCCUUGCGUCAACUUCACCUUUUGGAACAGUGCUGGUGUGCCUUUCCUUCUAUAUUCCAGUCUCAAACCAGAAGGGUAUUUAGUCACUGGACCCAAGCUACACCUUCAUUACGUUAUUCGCGAUCAAAAAGUAAUAGAUUUAAAGGUCAUUCAUCACAAACGAACCGACGUCCUAGAAAACGAUGAAGAAAUUUUAUCUGAGGUUAUGGAUGAGUUGACCGAUACUCAACAGUUGUACCUGGACAAACCCAAAAUCGCGGCCAGACAGAUCGUAACAUUCUGGGCCAAAGAUCCAGAGGGGAAACGCGAAAUUCUUCUUGAUGGAAAGAAAAUAGUUUAUGCGAUUCCUGGACUGCACUGCUGGCACUAUAUACAAGUGAAAGUCACGUCGAGGCCAAAACCUAGUCCUUCAACGAAUAAACCAACAACACAAAGAACGACAAUGAAACCUACAACCCAAACACCGCGACCUGCCCCAACUAAGCCACCCCCACCACCUACUCCACAUGUACCUCAUAUCCACGUCCACUUCCACCCUCCUCCUUCGCACUUCCCACCACCUCCCAAGCCAACUCACCCACCUCCUCCUGCACCACCACCCUCUACCACUCCAUCAAUGAAGCCAACAAAACCACCACCACCACCACCACCACCCUCCACUUCUCCGACAACACUGCCAACCACUAAAACUACACCUUGCGCUCCGGGAACAAGUCCAUGCUCCACGGUAAUAACGCCCAUCACUGUGACUUCACCUAAACCACUUCCUCCCUGCUCACCAACUGCAAGCCCUAUACCUGCUGGCUCUCCACCAUGCAAGCCGAUCAAUAGCACAUCUGUCCUUUCUCCAAAUGCCUGUUCCCCUGGGUCCCCUCAGUGCGUCAAACUAUUUUUAUCAGUCACCUUACCAACAUUACCUCCUGCUUCUUCCCUUGCUUCUGUUCCCGGGAUUUCAGGAUCAGUGAUAAUUCAAGGUUGUAUGCCCACUCAUGGAGGAAAUUCAAAUAGCGCCUGUUGCGUUUUCCCAUUUAUCUACCGAGGAGAGCCGCAGCACCGCUGCACGAGGGCUGAGCGAGGUUACCGCUGGUGCUCAACCACCAACGAUUACGACAAGGAUAAGAAGUGGGGAUUUUGUGCGGCAUGCUUUCUCUGCUACGGAGGUACCUCAAAUGGCAACUGCUGUCAUUUUCCUUUCGUGUAUGACGGUAAAAUGUACACGACCUGCACUACCCAGGAUGCAACCAAGCCCUGGUGUGCCACCACUUACAGCUAUGAUGUAGAUAAACAGUGGGGCUAUUGUGGAGGUGAUGCACCCGGCUCAGUCCCCCAGUCUAAAAUUACCUAUGCACCGUGUUCUGCUGAUUGUGAUGGCAAUUGCUCGGACACAUGUCCCGACUACUGCUGUGUGAAGGGUAUGACAAGUACGCAGAAACAACCAGCUGCAUCUAUUUGCUUGUUCACUUUUCAACAGGUCGAGCUGGUCCCUAUGAUCCAGCAGACCUCGCAGUCUUGUCCAGCGAUCUGCACCGACACAUGCGCACCAGAUUGCCCCGUUCGUUGUUGUCAUUUCCCUCCGCCUUCACCUUACGUGGAAAGUCCCCCUCCAGCACCUACCUACUGGCCUCCGAUUUGCUUCAAAACAUGUGUUAGUUACUGUCCAACGGACUGUUGCAACAAUCCACAACAAGGCGUAGGCCGAGACAAGUUAUCUUACACUAUUAGACUACCAUGCCCGACUAACUGCUACACCAAAUGUCAUGGUAACUGUCCACCGAAAUGCUGUGAGGCAUCGCGAAAAAGAACUAGUUCUGUACUAAAUUCUGUCUACUAUCCCAAAUUUCAUGGGGAAGAUUUAGCUCCCUUAAUGAGCUUACAAACACCUUCAGUGUCACCGAUUGUAAUCCGUUCAAAGUUACUUUGUCCAGAAGUAUGUAGCAAGAUUUGUGCAAAGACCUGUCCUACUGAAUGCUGCAAAAGACAGAAAAGUGAAAACCCCAAGCAGCAAAACUGGAGAAACACCACCCAGGAUUGCAAAAAUGGUGUCAUUACAUUCGGAGGAAACGCCAAAGGAGCCUGUUGCAAUUUUCCUUUUAUUUACGAUGGUGCAGUUUAUUGGAGAUGUACAAAUCAAAAUGCUGUCAAGAAAUGGUGUUCGGUGACAAAAGUGUUUGAGCUCGACAAAAAAUGGGGAUACUGUCCUUGAUUGUUGUGUUAUGAUGCCAAGCAAGAUGCGACUAAACACUGCACUGAUUACAGAAAAUAAACAAUGUCUUGCAAAGAGAUGAAGCAGUAAACUAUAUUGAACAAUACCGUGGUAUUAAUGAACCGUCAUACGCCCUAAAAACAUUUUUACCAGCGAACUUUUAAUCUUUUUUAUCUCAGAGUUUUUUGUUACCUAAUAUCUUCAGUAAGUUAUUCAAGUCGGGUGGGUACAUAU